CCUAAUCUUUCGCCUUGCAAAUCUCUUUCUCUAAGACUCCAUUUUUAUAGCCGUUGUAACUUUCUUUCUCUCUUCUCUCUUUCGGCGAAGCAAUGCCGAGUAUAGUUUCAACAAUGGACGAGAAUAAUAAUCCCUUUCAACUUUUUUGCCCUAAAAAUGAAAUCUUGUUGUCUGCAGAUACCAAGAAGAGCACCACUGAACCUAAUCUGAGUAGUGGAGGUAUAUCCUUGAAGAGAAAAAGACCACCAAAGAUACAAAUACCUUCAGUUUUGAAGGAAAUUCAGGUAGACAAGGUUAGAAUUAGGGAUUUUAACAAUGAUAAUAAGGUAGAAAAUAGGAUUGUUGAGUAUAUUGAACCAGGAGUUGGGGUUUUUUCUAUUAAAGGAAAGAAGAAGAACAUGGAAGAUUCUCAUAUGAUUGCUCUGGGUUUUAAUGGAAACCCUAAGAAGGGUUUUUUUGGGGUUUAUGAUGGGCAUGGUGGUAGAAAAGCGUCAGACUUUGUUGCAGAGAAUUUACACAAGAAUAUAAUGGAAAUGAUGGAGAAUUCAGAAGGAGAUUCAGGAAAGAAGGAAGCUAUUAAAGCUGGAUAUCUGAAAACGGAUCAAGAAUUCUUGAAACAGGGUUUAAGCAGUGGUUCUUGCUGUGUCACUUGCCUUAUUGAGGAGGAGGACAUUACUGUCUCAAACUUGGGGGACUGCAGGGCUGUUCUGUGUAGAGGUGGUGUGGCUGAAGCUCUCACGAUGGACCACACAGCUCGACGAGAAGAUGAGCGGAACAGAAUAGAAAGCAAGGGAGGAUAUGUGGAGAUUCACAGAGGUGGUUGGAGGGUUCAUGGUAUCCUUUCUGUUUCAAGAAGUAUUGGAGAUGUCCAUCUGAAGGAAUGGGUAGUGGCUGAACCUGAUACAAAAGUCUUGCCUUUGACUCCAGACAUGGAAUUCCUUGUCUUAGCCUCAGAUGGACUCUGGGAAAAGGUUGACAAUCAAGAAGCCAUUGAUAUUGUGAAACGUGUCUACUUUGUACCAAAUAAGCUAGGAUCGAAAUGUGAUUUUCUGAAACAAGAAGAAGAGGGUCAGCCUGGGCAUGAGAAUAUUAGUCCUCUUCCGAAAACAAGGAGAAUAUCGGUGGUCAAGCAACAGAUUAUUAAGACUCCAUCCCCGAAACAAGUUAAAAAUGGAGGCUGUAAGAAGAGAUGUACCACCCCUCGUGGGGGACUACUAUCUGCUUAUCCGCGAUACGCAAAAGCUGGUGCACGUAGUCUCAUGUGGAAGUCUAAUUGUCCAAGGUGAAUCUCUGGUGCUUCGUUCACUGCAUGCAAGAAAAGACCAGACCAGACCCACAGAUUAUUUUCGUCUCAUUUCUUAACAUGAAAUUGAAAAGUUAAAAAAAUGGCGGUAAAAAGAAAACAUAAGAAUGAAAAAGAAAAUCUAGAUUUAUGUAUUAGAAAAGAUGGAAUAUAAAAAGUUUAUUUCUUAGUUCUUAAUCUU